AGUAUACCGCACAACUGAGCGCAGUCCAUUCCUACCGCUUACCAAAGAAAUGGGUCGUUGUCAUUUAGCCUUGCUUGUGAUUCUCUCCACCAGUUUGCCCCAAAUAUCAGCCUUUGAGGUCACUGCCAUCAGCCCCAAAAGCAUUUCAGUCAAAGAAGGCAAAGACCUUGCCAUCAAGUGCGUUGUAGAUGAUUGGUGGGAAUGGUGUACCUUCAAGCACUCCGGACGAAAAUGUGACUUUGAAUGGAGCAAUCAGGCUCGCAAUGUGACAGUUUUGGAUUGCCAAGACUUUGAGGGACGCUUUGAGUUUCAUGGCCGUUACAACAAUUACGAAUGUGGAAUAGUCUUGCACGGUGUUGAAGAAGCAGAUGCUGGAGAAUGGACUUGUCAAUUAGAAAACUAUUACAGGGGGCGUUAUCGUGGCUAUGGGUAUAAUAGCUCAGCUCAGAUGAUUGUGGAAGUGGAGAUUGAAGCCCCCGUCACUACCAAGAGCACAAUAACAACGACAAUAAAUACCAAAACCACCGAAGGUGCUCUAAUACCGAAGGGCACUUGGCCCCAUGACCGUCAAGCCAAGGAUGGCUCAUGGAGCACGGCUUUUGGAACAAGAAUAGAUUUACUCAACGAUGACACUGAAGUCGCGGCCCAGUCUGAAGCCGAGGGAGAGUCUCAACGUAACGGUGGAACAUUCAAGAAGAUUCACGGAAUGCAUUGCCUGUUUGGUCUGACUAUGCAAAUAGUUCUGAACUUUUGUAUUCUUUGAUUCAGAAAACAGGGGGUACUUUUAACAUUGAACUACUCAUGAUUCAUGGUUCUUACAAUAAAUAUACCUUUCGACAACAGGGUAGGACGUA